AGACAAAAUGGGGCAAAGAGAAAAGAGCCGUUUUUGACCUUCGAGAGGAACAGAUUUGCUUCCCUGGUGUCGAGAUUUCAGUCCUGCUGGAGUGGAGAGGCCUUCUCCGCUUAUUAUUAUUAUUAUUUUUAAUCUUAGCGCUUCUUAUUUGCGAUUUCAGGGAGUCCCAGACUAAAGCAGAUAAGAUCUUUCUAUCCAUUUCUGUUUCAUGAACCAUUGCCUUCAUUAGUAGUAGAUCUCAAAAUCAUGAAGCUUAUUGCACUCGUCAAAUCUGUUCGUGCCCACCCCACUCUUCGUGAAAUAAUUGGGCCUUUGCAGUCUCGCAGCUUCCAGCAUGACUUUGUUCCCAGAGAUCCAAAGGCCAAACCAAAAAAGUACAAAUAUCCUGCAUUUUAUGAUCCUUAUGGUCCUAGACCUCCACCAUCAGAUAAAAUCAUUCAACUUGCUGAACGUAUUGUUGCCCUUCCUCCGGAGGAGCGCAAGCAAAUUGGUCCUACACUCUCUGAAAAGCUAAGACAUCCAAAGCUGCAAACAAUUUCAGUAGAAGGCAUGGACUUGGGUCCACAGGGAGGAGCAACUGCUGGUGCGGCGAAGGUGGAGGAGAAGAAGGAGAAAACUGCAUUCGAUGUGAAGUUGGAGAAGUUUGAUGCUGCUGCCAAAAUAAAGGUGAUCAAAGAAGUUAGGGCAUUCACUAACCUUGGAUUAAAGGAGGCUAAGGAUCUGGUCGAGAAGGCACCAGUUGUUCUCAAGCAAGGGGUCACCAAGGAUGAGGCAAAUGAAAUCAUAGAGAAGAUAAAGACUGCUGGAGGAACUGCAGUUAUGGAGUGAAGAUGUACCACAAUUCUUUUUUUUAUUUGGCUCAAUUUUGAUGUUUCAUGACUGUAAAAGAUGGCCGAUUGCCAUCCCUUUCCAACACUGAAUUUCUCAUGUGGAUGCUGGGGGAUUCUCAUCUGAGAUAGGAAGGAAAGUUUAGUUUUAACUUGUUUCA